GUCCACCGGCAGGUGAAAAAUGUAAAAAGAAUCUGUGGUUAAACAGGAAUUAAGGAAACUGCAGGGGCGAAAGUGCAAUUAAUGACGUUAAAGACAGUAUCCCGGAAGACGCGUCAAAGGACUGGAGUCGUAGCGUCACCGCGCACUCCUCUGUCUCCGAAUUCCAACUCGGCGGCGAUUCCCAGUAUCAGUGCUUCAGUCUUUCAUCCUUCUUUCUUCGAAACCUCGACUCUAAUUUCUUCGUUUUAGAAACUGUUUUUCGGCAGUAGCGCUCUCUUUCUGCCUGCUCGCACCUCGGUUUACUUCCGCCUUCGGUCCUCCGCGCAUCCUGCGUAGUGUUUCGGCUUCGUUUAUUUUGUCAGUUACUGGAUUUCGUUUGUCGGAGCGGGGUUUCGGAUGAGCUUUGAAUUGGAGUUGUGAGAUCGGAGCUGCGAAGGAGUUCAUGGCGGAGAGCAGGCGCUGCGGUAUCGGCAACCAAUUAGAUAUUGGACAAAUACUUUUGGAGGCGCAAAAUCGAUGGCUACGUCCUGCUGAAAUUUGUGAAAUUCUUCAAAAUUAUAAAAGCUUUCGUAUUGCUCCAGAGCCUCCACAAAUGCCACCAAGUGGUUCACUAUUUCUUUUUGAUCGGAAGGUCUUGAGAUAUUUUAGAAAAGACGGCCACAACUGGAGGAAGAAAAAGGAUGGAAAGACAGUCAAGGAAGCUCAUGAGAGGCUCAAAUCUGGAAGUGUUGAUGUGUUGCAUUGCUAUUAUGCACAUGGAGAAGAGAAUGAAAAUUUUCAAAGACGCAGCUACUGGAUGUUGGAAGAGGAACUCUCGCACAUAGUUCUUGUCCACUAUCGUGAAGUUAAGGGCAGCAGGACAAACUUUAACCGCAUUAACGAGACUGAAGAUGCUUUUCCAAAUUCCCAAGAAAAUGGAGAAAUUCUACCCAGUCCUGAGAUGGACACUUCUGUGUCUUCUAGAUUUCAAUCUUACCAAGCUCCUUCACAAACUACUGAUACAACAAGCCUGAAUAGUGCUCAGGCAUCGGAAUAUGAAGAUGCAGAGUCAGCUUACAAUCACCAGGCAAGCUCCACUUUCCGCUCUUUUGUGGACUUACAACAGCCUUUAAUGGAGAAGACAAAUCCUGGGCUCGCAGUCCCUUACUUUCCAGUGCAAUUUUCAAAUGAUUAUGAAGGAAAGUUGUUGGGUACUCCUGUUGUGGAUUUUGCCUCACUUACUCGAGAAGAAAAUCAUAAAGAUGCUAAUGAUGUUGCAUUGGCAUAUGGAGCGCAGAAACAGCUUGAUUUGCCAUCUUGGGAGGAUAUGUUGGAAAGUUGUACUACAGGAAUUCAAUCUGUGCCUUUCCAGUCAUCACUUUCCUCAACCCAAGCUAACUCUAUUUGUAUCAUUCCCAAACAAGAUAAAGAGAUAAUGGGGCAGCUUUUCACGGACGGCUUUGCUAAAAAGCAGGAGUUUGGCAAUUGCCUACCUGGCCAAGAAGAGUGGCAGGUUUCUUCUGAGAGUGAUUUUGCAAACUUGGCCAAGUGGCCUGUUGAUCAAAAGUUGCCUUCAGACUCUGGAUAUGAUCUUCAAACCAGUUUUAAUGAACAAAAAGUUCAGUUUGUGAAUUUAAACAAUUACCUUGGGCCUUGUGGUCCUGGCGAGCAAAUCAAGCAUCCUAUGCAAAAUGGUUCUGAAGUACAACUUUCAAAUGCAGAUUGUCAGCUUUUUUUGAAAUCAGAAUCAGUGAGCAAUGUGACCAUUGAGGGGAAAAAUGGAUACCCUUCCGCAGCAAGACAACAUUUAUUGGAUGGCUCAUUAGCGAAAAUUGACAGCUUCAACCGAUGGAUGAGCAAAGAGCUUGGAGAUGUGGAUGAGUCACAUAUUCAGUCCAGCUCCGGGGUUUACUGGGACGCUGUUGGAACUGAAAAUGGGGUUGAUCCUAGCAUUCCUCCUCAAGUGCACUUGGAAAGUUAUACAGUGGCUCCUUCAAUCUCUCAGGAUCAGCUCUUUACCAUUAUUGAUUUCUCACCCAACUGGGCAUAUGCUGGCUCUGAAACUAAGAUCCUUGUUAUGGGAAAGUUCUUGAAGAGUCCAAUCGAUGCAGAAAAUUGUAAAUGGUCAUGUAUGUUUGGGGAAGUGGAAGUCCCAGCAGAGGUGGUGGCGAAUGGUGUUCUUCGCUGCCACACUCCCUCACUUACAGCUGGAAGGGUUCCUUUUUAUGUAACAUGUUCCAAUCGAUUAGCAUGUAGUGAAGUGCGAGAAUUUGAAUACCGAGUCAACCCCAUUGAAGAUGUGGACAUUGCAGAUGCCCAGAAUGACAGUACAGAUGAAACUCUUCUUCACAUGCGAUUGGGAAAAUUGUUGUCUUUGAGAUCUGUCAGUGACCCCACUAACCUCUCAUGCAGUGUAGGUGAUAAAUCUCAUUUGACCAAUAAAAUCAACUCAUUGAUGAAAGUGGAUGAUGAUGAUGAAUGGAUCCAGAUGCUGAUGCUUACUUCAGAGGAGAAGUUCUCCACAGGGAAAGUGAAGGAACAACUGCUUCAAAAGCUAUUGAAAGAAAGAUUGUACAUAUGGCUUCUUCAGAAGGAAGCUGAAGGUGGGAAAGGCCCGAAUGUACUGGAUGAGGAGGGGGGCCAAGGGGUGUUGCAUUUGGCAGCUGCUCUUGGAUACGACUGGGCAAUACCACUCACAGUAGCUGCUGGUGUUAGUGUCAAUUUCCGUGAUGUGCAUGGGUGGACAGCACUUCAUUGGGCAGCAUCUCGUGGCAAGGAGCGCACAGUUGUUUCCCUCAUUUCUCUAGGUGCAGCUCCUGGAGCAUUGACGGAUCCAUCACCCAUUUAUCCUUCAGGCAGAACACCUGCUGAUCUUGCUUCUGCCAAAGGGCACAAAGGAAUUGCUGGUUAUCUUGCGGAAUCUGCCUUGAUUGCCCAACUUUCAUAUCUUAAUUUGAAGGAUACCAAGGAACGUGAUUCCAUUGAAAUGCCUGGAGUAAAAGCUGUGCAAACAAUUGCAGAACGAAGUCCAACUCCAAUCAGUCAUGGGGAUUUGCCAUAUGAACCAUCAAUGAAAGAUUCUUUGGCUGCUGUCUGUAAUGCCACCCAAACUGCUGCACGUAUUCAUCAAGUCUUCAGGGUGCAGUCAUUCCAGCAGAAGCAAUUGAAAGAGUAUGGGGAUGAUGAGCUUGGGAUGUCAGAUGAACGUGCUCUUUCACUUAUUGCUGUCAAGGCACACCGGUUAGGAAAGCGUGACGAGCCUGUGCAUGCUGCUGCCACUGCUGCAAUUCGAAUACAGAAUAAAUUUCGUAGUUGGAAAGGUAGAAAAGAAUUUUUGAUAAUCCGGCAGAGAAUUGUUAAAAUUCAGGCUCAUGUCAGAGGACACCAGGUAAGGAAAAAUUAUAGAAAAAUCGUAUGGUCUGUGGGUAUUGUGGAAAAAGUAAUUUUGCGUUGGAGACGAAAAGGGUGUGGCUUGCGCGGGUUCAAACGAGAAGCAAUUACCGAGGGCCCUAGCAGAGACAUAACAUCAAAAGAGGAUGACUAUGAUUUCCUGAAGGAAGGUAGAAAACAGACAGAAGAAAGGUUGCAAAAAGCCCUAGCUAGGGUGAAAUCUAUGGUUCAGUAUCCAGAGGCAAGAGAUCAAUAUCGUAGGUUGCUGACUGUUGUCACAGAGAUUGAGGAAACAAAGGCUAUGGAGGAUAGGAUUAUUAGUUCAGAAGAAACAGUUGAUUUUGAUGAGGACUUGAUUCAUCUCCAAGCAUUUUUGGAUGACGACACCUUCAUGCCAAAUGCAGCUUGAUUGUGCCCUCUUGGUCUGUAAAAACUGGGUUGCUCCGCUCAUCAACCUGCUGAUAUUGUUGUUGUAUCGAUCCUGUACAUGUAAUAUUUAAUUAUUCUGUCUAACCCUUCCUUCUCUCCCAGCAGGUAGGAUUUAGAGAAGGCAGAGGCUGUUUGUGGUCAGUGCUAAUUCAAAUUUCUGGAGUCGUUGCAUUGUAAUAUUUAACUGACCAAAUUGUAUGAAUUAUUUAAUGGAAAGAAGCAUAUUAUUACCCUAA